AUGAGUCCGGCUAUCGAGGCUCAGGCCCAGCGAGCCAAGGAUGCAGAGAUCCAGAAGCAGAAGAUGCAGCAGCAACAGCAGCACCCGCAGUGCUACAUGGACAAAGGGGUCAUACUUGAGCCCUUCAUCCACCAGGUGGGGGGGCAUUCCUGCGUCCUACGCUUUGGAGAGCAGACCAUCUGCAAGCCUCUCAUCCCCCGCGAGCAUCAGUUCUACAAGAGUCUACCUGCUGAGAUGAGAAGGUUCACUCCCCAGUACAGAGGUGUAGUGUCUGUAAGCUUUGAGGAGGAUGAAGAAGGGAACCUCUGCCUCAUCGCAUACCCCCUCCACAGCGACCCGGCGGCUGACUUGGAGAACAAGGACCCCUCGACCGAUAGCGAGCCAAAGAGCAAGAUGCUAAAGUGGGGCAAUGUCGUGACAUCCUCGCCGCUUGUGGAAAGUGAAAACCUCAGCAAAGAGGGACGAAGCCGCCACUCACGCAAAGACAAGAGUGUUCUCAAGCUACAGGAAGACAUGGAAUUGGAGUGGCUUCAGCAGGCUGAGGUUCUGUACUACCGCCUGGAGCGCAGCCACAGUAAUGCUGUCCCGCAGCUCAAACACAACCCUUGGAGCCUCAAGUGUCACCAGCAGCACCUGCAAAGGAUGAAGGACAACGCCAAGCACCGCAAUCAACACAAAUUUAUCCUGUUGGAGAACCUCACGUGGCAGCACACUGUGCCAUGCGUGUUGGACUUAAAGAUGGGCACGCGCCAGCACGGAGAUGACGCCUCAGAAGAGAAAAAGGCCGUUCAGAUCCGCAAGUGCCAGCAGAGCACUUCGGCGUCGAUAGGAGUUCGACUGUGCGGCAUGCAGGUGUAUCAGUCUGACACGGACCAACUGAUGUUCAUGAACAAGUACCACGGCCGUAAACUCACCCUGUCAGACUUCAAGGAAGCUUUGGUCCAGUUCUUCCAUAGUGGACGGCGCCUGCGUCACGAACUGCUGUCUCCGGUGCUGCGCCGGCUCCGGGACAUGCAGGCCGCUCUCGAGGCCUGCGAAUCAUACCGCUUCUACUCCAGCUCUCUACUCAUCAUCUACGAUGGAGCCCCCCACCGAAAGCACACGCGCCGACGCACCGAGGGCGGGCUCUCUGAAGAAGACGAAGAGGAAGAGGAUGAAGAGGAUGAUGUUGCGGAAGCAGAAGCGGAUGAGGAGGAAGACAUAGGGGUAGCGGGUGCACUCGGUUUUCCCCAUGGUCCUUCCAUUUCUGCCGAGGACAGCAUCAGUUAUACCAGUAGCGGCAGCGGCUGCCCGUCCCGCAUGGCUCCACGCAGCCCAGUAGUGGAUGUGCGGAUGAUAGACUUUGCCCACACCACCUGCAGACAUUACCGCGAGGACAGCGUGGUCCAUGAGGGCCAGGAUACGGGAUACAUCUUUGGCCUGCAGAAUCUGAUCAACAUUAUCUCCGAGCUGGAGAACCACAGUUCGGGCUAG